AUGUAGAGUAUCAAUGCACGUGUAGAAAAUGCGUGUUUUAUUUGCAGCAAGUUGCUUUGCAUUUUUGCUUUGUGUAACAAAUGUGAUUUUGGGGGAGAAUUUAAUUACAGAGGAGUCCGCUGGAAUAGAGUUCUUGGAUUGGUACAAUACAGAGCUCUCAGAAGUGGAAUAUAACUACUGGACAGUACAGUGGCAAUAUUACACAAAUAUCACGGAUUUCAAUCAAAACAAAACGGUAGAAGCAGAUGUCUUGAGAUCAAAAUUCAUUCGAGAAGCAGCGAAAAAUGCCUCCCACAUUGACUGGAAAAAAUUCCAAAACGAGACUGUCAAACGGAUGUUCUGGAAGAUAACUAGAAAUGUAGGACCGACAGCUCUUGGCGAUCCGGAAAAAAUGAAACAGGUACACGAAAACACUGCUUGA